ACCCCUUCGACCUGGAGAGGUGUGGCCCGGCCAUAGACAUGGCACUCGAGGAGAUCAACGACAAGUAUAUGGCGCAGCACAGGAUCAGAUUGACGAAGGUGCAGAGAAGCUACCCAUCUUGUAGUGGAUCUCUAGCACCUGGUCUAGCAGCAGAUAUGCACUUCAUAUCUGACGUGAUAGCUUUCGUCGGUCCGGCCUGUCUGUUUGCCUUAGAGCCAGUUGCCAGACUAGCUGCCUAUUGGAACACCCCAAUAAUAACGGGAAUGGGAGAUCAGCCACCAUCUGAAGGAGAGAUUUCAGUUGCUUCGCGAUUACUCAGAAGAUAUAAUAUGAAAAAUAGGAGCAAUACUGCGGGGAUAUUAAAUGACAAGAGUAAAUAUCCAACUCUAACUAGAAUGUCGUAUUGCCAAUGCCGUCUAACCAAGGUUUUCGCCAGUAUUUUCAAACAAUUUUCCUGGAAACACAUUGCGUUGAUUUUGGAUAGAUCGGAUGUAUUUUCACUUACUGUAGGAAAAAUUUUAGAACAAGGGUUGAAGAAAGGAGGAAUGUUAGCAUUCGAAAAAGAAUUAGACGGCAACGAAGAUGAAUCCUUCGACAACUAUCUACGAGACGCAAGCAUGUAUGCAAGAGUUGUGGUUUUAUGUGUUAGAGGCUCCCUGGUUCGAAAAUUCAUGCUGGCAGCUCAUGCAUUAGGGAUGACAAGGGGUGACUGGACAUUCCUAGAUGUAGAAAUAUUUCAGGGUUCUUAUUGGGGUGAGCAUGACUGGAAGGCUGGAGAUCUUGAUGACGGAUUGGCUAGAAAAGCUUAUGAAGCUCUUUUAAGAGUAUCUCUACUACAACCAACUAGCGACAAAUUCCAAGAUUUUGCUGACAAAGUCAAGCAGAGAUCUGUGGAAGAUUAUAACUACACAAUCAGUGAAGGCGAAGAGAUAAAUUUUGUUAUCGGCGCCUUCUACGAUGGCGUUUUUCUGCUAGCGAUGGCCCUAAACGAGACCCUAUGGGAGGGGGGAGACAUAAGAGACGGCAGGGGAAUCACAGCGAGGAUGUGGGCCAGAGAAUUUUCUGGAAUCACAGGUGUUUUAUAUAUCUUAUUAUUAUAA